GCUAGAUCCUCAGUGCGUACUAGGUCUAGACUCCUUUGUGUUCCAGACUCCUUAGUCCAGGUUCAAGACUGCUGAUUCAGGAUCAAGCAUGGAGAUAAAUGAAAUCGUGAAUUUGAAUAAAAGAAUGGAUAGCAGAGAUAUCAUGAAUUUAUCUGAAAGCGGAGAAGUGAUCCCAAUUAUAGUUAUUUUUUCGCAUAUACAAGAAAAACUUCGCCCGCUGGUUAGGGCUUUACAGACGAUCACCGGAGAAUGCCAGACGCAACAAUUCUUAAUCGACCACGAGGGACCGAAAGCUCCCCCGUUGAGCUGUGGAGCAACCUUAGUCCGUUCUCUCGGCGACGAUCCCGUCGUGCGUUUGCAUCGUCUACUGAUCGCUCUUGCCAAAGCCAAACAAGAUAUUCAUCUGCAUAUCAUGGACUCGUUCUGGUCAAAAGACGUGAUUUUGACGGACUGUAGCCGACUGGAGCCUUUUCUGAGUGCAGGUUAUGGAAGUUCAUUGAAGACUUUCUUUGGCCACGUUGAGCCCUGUACUCUGGCGAAGAUGACGUCAUUCAGCACUCUGGGUCUACGCCUUGAGUCGGCAGAAGACGUGGCUACUCUAAACUCCGUGAAAUGCAACGAUAAACAUGUCGCUGUGAGCCGCAGCCUAAAGCCUGAGGACAUCUUGCUGCCGCUUAAUUCACUUGUAAAAUUGCACUGCGUGGAGCUGGAAGACAGGGAGGUGCCGUGGCUGCUAGACCUGGUGACCCGGCUGUGUUCGACCAACGGCUGUGAACUCAUCCUACCUCGGUGUCACCUGACAUGCAAAGGCACAACUCAGCUGCUUAAAGGCAUAAAUCAGUUGCAGAGAAAAGCUGCCACGUAUCCAGCGCCAGUGCGCCCGCGUUCGAACAGCAGCAAAACCGAACCAAUCGGGACGGCAAUCAAAUUUCUGCCAAAAAAACAUCAAUGCUUCAGCACCAAGCGUUGCUUGAUGAGCAAGAUGAACGAACGCAGUCGACCAGCCCGCCUUGUUCCUGCGCGGUCGAUGGUCAGCAGGAAUCCUCCUGCUGAAGCUAUGCUUACCACCCUUAAGAGAUCAAGAUCCCCAAAGGCCUCGGAGUACCUGAAGUGUAAUUUAGGUCGAGCUGAUACACCAGCUUCGAAGGCUACCAAGCGUCAACGGCUAUGAAGAUUAAGAUACCUUGAAUAAAUGCACUGCGAUUUUGUUAAAUUAUUAUUAGUAAAUUAUCAAUUAUUAAAUUAAAUUAAAAAUUAAUUCAAAAAGAGGAAGAUUUCAGACAUGCAAUUCCGGUUUCAUGAAUACGUAAUAAUUAUUGCUGCACGGACUCUCGGGCACUAUUUCACGAUAUUGUUUUACAGGUUGAUUCCGAGAGUUAAUAAAGAUAUAUCAUGUAAUGAAGCUACCGCACCUAUAUGGCGUCCAUUUUUGUAACUUAUAUCGUGCUUGAUUAAUUUCUGUUAUUGA